AUGGAAGCUAAGAACUUUCUUAAUGGCUAUGUUGCCAGAAAAGAAGGCAUAGAGAAGCAGUUCUCUACCAGCUCCCUCCAGGCAGCCUCCACCACUCAGCGGAACUCGGGAGAUGCUCAGAAGUUAACAAAGAUUCUUGAGGAACUAAGCAACAAUGUCAAAGCCAGUCCAAUACCGUGGCUCUUGGCUCAUGCCAAAGUGGAUGAUGUGGGCCAGCAACAAACUACCCACACCAUAGAAAAGCCCCUGUUCUUAUCAAGCUAAAGACCGGAUGAGUGAAUUUAUGUGCAAGUGAGAAAUGACACAGAGCUUCCAGGUAGAUCACAUGCUUAUGACCAACAUUUAAAUAUGAUAUUGGGAGAUAUGGAAGAAACUGUGACCACUAAAGAAACUCAUGAAGAAACACAUGAAGAGAUAUAUAAAUCAACAAAACGAAAUAUUCCAAUUCUCUCUGUCUGGGGAGAAGGUGUUGUGCUAGUUGUCCCAACAUUGAGAGUUGGCUGA